AUGUCUGCAAGCAUUGAAGACUAUUCUUAUGAGAAGAAGUUGAGCGAGAAGUCGGGGAGCGAGAUCGUCCACACACAAUCCGUGGACGAUAAUAUCACCUUCCACGAUGAUGACAGUAUCCCAGAACGCCGCCAGAUUGGCUUGUUCUCGGCUGUCUUCAUUAUUUUCAAUCGCAUCAUUGGUACUGGAGUGUUCGCUACGCCUAGUUCUAUUCUGACGCUUAGUGGAAGUGUUGGGCUUUCAUUAUUCAUGUGGGUUAUUGGUGCCAUUAUUGCUGCUGCUGGAAUGCAAGUAUACAUCGUGUGGGGAUCGGCUGUUCCUAAAAAUGGAGGCGAGAAGAACUACCUGGAAUACCUGUUCCGCAAACCCAAGUUCCUCAUCACGUCGAUCUUCUCCGCCAAUGCCCUUCUCCUGGCAUGGGCAGCCGGAAACUCGCUCGUCUUCGGAGAAUACAUUCUCCUUGCCGCCAAUGUUGAGCCUACUCGGUGGACACUCCGACUCGUGGGCUUCGCCUGUAUCACCUUCUCCGUUCUUCUACAUGGAACUGCACUGAAGUGGGGUCUGCGACUUCAAAACGUCCUUGGAAUCUUCAAAAUUCUCGUCUUGGUAUUUAUCAUCAUCACGGGUUUCGUCGCUUUGGGUGGCCACAUGAAGAUCGAGAAACCUGACAAUUUCACAAACGCCUUCGAGGGUACCACAGCCAGUGCCAGCUCGUUUUGCUUGAGCUUGUACAAUGUUAUCUGGUCGUACAUUGGAUUUUCCAAUGUGAACUAUGCCCUCGCUGAGGUUAAGAAUCCUAAGCGUGUAGUUCGUAUCGCCGGCCCACUCGCCAUUGGUGUCGUCACUGUUCUUUACCUCCUUGCCAACAUUGCAUAUUUCGCUGGUGCGACCAAGGAAGAAAUUACAAGUUCAGGUCGACUGGUCGCUGCUUUGCUUUUCAAGAAUGUCUAUGGCGAGAAGGCACAGCGUGCCCUUUCAGUGUUCGUUGCUCUCUCAGCUCUUGGCAAUGUUUUGUCUGUUUCUUUCUCUCAAGGUCGCGUCAACCAGGAGCUCGGUCGCGAGGGUAUCCUCCCUUUCAGCAAGGUUUGGGGAUCCAACAAACCAUUCAAUGCCCCUCUCGCCGGUCUCGCUUUGCACUGGGUCAUCUGUCUGAUUGUCAUCUUCGCCCUUCCACCCGGGGACGCCUACAACUUUGUGCUCAACGUCAUCUCAUACCCCCUCUCCGUCAUCAACGCCGCCAUCUCCUUCGGUCUCAUCUACCUCGCCUUCCGUCCUUACCCUGACUGGCCCCUUUCUUCUAUUCCCUCGCUCAUCGCCGCAUUUUUCUUCGGCGCUGUCAAUGUCUUCCUAUUCAUCGUUCCCCUCCUCCGCCCGCCACCCAUCGCCGAACCAUACAAGUCCCUUCCUUACUGGACUCAUGCCGUUGCCGGCUGGGCUGUGUUUGGAAUUGGAGCGCUGUACUAUUUGGUUUGGGCGAAGAUUGUACCUGCCAUUGGUGGCUACAAGCUCAUCCGGGUGGAGCAGACAGGAAAGGACGGAUUGAAGAGACACGUCUUCACCACCAUUCAAAAGCCUAAGAGCGCGUAA